ACCAGUUCCACCAUUUUCCGAUAAGCAUCACAUACAUUUAUUUUUCAAAUUAAUUUCUUUUUGUUUAUCAUCAGAAUGAAACGAAGUACAUUUAACUUGAUAUUAAAUUUAAUAAAACCUUCAUUAUUAAGAACAAAGAGUGGACGUAAAAGUAUAUCUGCAGAAAAACAAUUUUUUAUUGCAAUUUGGAAAAUGGCUACACCAGAUUCGUAUCGAUCAAUUUGUGAAAAAUUCAAUGUGGGUAAAGCUACAGCGUUACGCGCUGUAAGAAGAGUAUCUAAAGCAAUUGCCAAAUUAUCUCCUCUUUUUAUUACAUGGCCAGAAGGUAACAGAGUAGAAGAUGUUAUGAAGGGAUUUUUUACAACAAGUGCUUUUCCUAAAGUGUUAGGUGCCAUAGAUGGCACACAUAUAAAUAUAACUGCUCCACAUAUCAGUCCCGAAACGUAUAUCAAUAGAAAAGGGCAUCAUAGUAUACAAUUACAAGCUAUUUGUGAUCAUGAGCGACGAUUUAUUUAUUGUUAUGCCGGAAAUGUUGGUUCUGUCCAUGAUCAACGAGUAUUUCGUUUGUCUGAAGUCUAUAAUUAUUUGGAAGAUCCUGAAAAGUUUCCUAAUAAUAAUCACUUAGUAGGUGAUGCAGCAUAUACUCUUCAUGAAUGCUUAUUAACACCAUAUCGCGAUAAUGGACAUCUCACAAAUAGACAAAAAAAUUAUAAUUCUUGCCCUGCUCGAAUGGUUAUUGAACGGACAUUUGGCUUAUUAAAAGGAAGAUUUAGAAGCUUGUUAUCAAUUCUAGAUAUGGAACAAAUUGAUUUAAUUCCUGAAUUUAUUAUUGCCUGUUGCGUUUUACAUAACAUCCCACAUAGCACGUAA